AUGGCCUCCCUUCGCUCAAUCGGGGUCCACAAGCCCUCCGCCCUGCAGUAUCUGGUCCAAGAGUCCAUCCUGACCGACGAUAGCACCGACCGCGACUAUGUCUGGGACACCUACACCGACGACAGCCCCGAUGGCUACACCGACGAGCUCGUCACCACCGAGUAUCAUGUGAUUUGGUCGCGAGGUGGUGUUAUACGCAAGGUCUUCAACUUUGAAGUUGAGAAAGAGAAGGUCAAGCAGGCGCUCUUGACAUGGUUCUUGGUAGACGAGCCCUCCCAUGGCACCUACGAGCCUACCGACAACUCGUCAGAACACAAGUCUGCCGACCCUGCAAAGGGCUUCCUCACACAAGGGACCCAGCCUGCUACCGAUCCCACUGCGCCAGCCAGUCCCACAACGCCCACGGUGGAGAAGCUAUCGCGUGCUCUCGUCGUGUUCCUGAAGUCGCAAGCACACGUCUUCUUCCUCUCGGGCACCACACACAUCGUAAACCUCCCCUUCGAGGUGGACAAAGCCUUUCCUGCAGCACGGGGUGUUGUGCUACAGAGGAAGCUUGCUCCUUUACACCCUGUGCCCACCAGUCCGCAGUUGCCGUCGGCUCCACAGAACUCCUUCCUCACGAACAACCAGUCUUUCCUCUCACAACAAUUCUCCUUUUCACAGAGCUUUCAUAAACCCCACCGGCGGCAUGGCUCUUCAAUGGGCGCAUCGCGACAUGGUAAAUCUCGCCUGUCGUGUGCAAACACGUUUCUUGAUGAUUUGAUCAACCCUGUUGCGCCUCUAAAUCCAGAGUCGAUACCCAGGUUAUAUUCCUUCACAGACCCGCUGUCGGAGCUGGGACUGGUGGUCAGCGUUGUUGCAGGUGGUGAUCGCAGCAGCUUCUUGACCUCCCAAGGCUCAGGUCAUCGGCGACUCGAGGCAAUUGACAAAGCUGAGGAGAUCAUCUACGUGUCUCCGCGGAACGAGAUUCUGUUCGAUCGCAGUGGUAAUGACAAGCCUCUUCUACUAGUAGUCACAGCAAACCACGAGACUAAUGUAUUUACCAUCUGGUCUGCGGCCUAUCUUGAGCCAAAAUCAAUAUCAAGUUCUCGCAAACAGCACAUCCCUCUGCCAGUAGCCAAGUCUCGACGCCGUAGCUCAUAUGGCGGCACUGCACCAGGAACAGGCGCAACUACGCCAGCAAUUCGUGGAGCUGACAGAUUGAGGGAAAGCUUUGGUGGUGCUCCACGCAGCAAGACUCAGCCCCCAUCCUUCAAGAUCACCAAGGAACGUCUCUCUGACCAAGCAGUCGACGACGCUCUUGCCUCACAGCUCAAUCCCGACUCUGAUAUCACCCGCCAGCCAAAGGAGUCCAGGCGAGUAAGCUCGCUGUUGUCACGGGCUGAACUUUCAACGAGCUUUGACAGAAGCGCGUUUCAGGACAUGGCAACUUCCCGCACCAGUAUUGGUGGCAGCUUCAAUGCAAGUCAGCGAAGUAGGCACUCACUGGGUCACGAUCGUACAAGUUUUGGUGGCUUCUCACAAUCUCGGAAUCGAGCCUCCACCCCUGGUAGCGUUACAUCCCGAAUGAGCUUAGGUGCUGUAUCGAUUGAUGACACCCUGGACGAUGUCAUGGACGAGGAUACAUUCGACACUAUAGAAGAUUACGAUGAGCUUGAUGAUCUGUUUGCACCGCCUGAUGGUAAAGGAGGACCGCAACCUGGAGAUGGACUCCACAAAGAGCUCAUCAUCAGUGUCAUCGCAGAGCUCCCAGUUACACAAUACCUCAAAAGUGGCCUCUUUGCCCUUGGGAACCCUUCGAGUUCUGAGGCAAUCUCACGAAGAAGACUAUCACCAUCCGCAUCGGCGACCCAGUCGGGGUCGGCCAGUGCGGCUCCUCGAUAUGCUUGCGUUCCGAAAUUUGUCAGCUCGCGACAGCUAGAUAACGCACUGGAUCUUGUGAAAGUUCGUGACGGCCAUGUCGAGCGAAUCGCGCAACUCAAUUCAAGAAAUCCCCAGGAACCUUGUUUAUCGUUGACUGCAGGUUGGGGUAGCCACCUACCGGUGAAGCUCACCUUGGAUUCCAUGAAGAUGUUUGAUCCGUAUGCCAUCAUACAACGCGAUCAAACCAGAGCAACGGUAGGGUCAAGACGAAUCAUAAAACCGAGUCAGCCGUUACGAGGGCUAUCGUCAUUAGGGAAAAGCGGCAAAUUAGAGCUACAUGACGGUGAGCUGCGUCGCCAUCGGAUGGUAUUGCGUCUGUCUCCCUCGAAUGGCUAUGUUGCUGAACUCUUCCGAGUGCUUUCAACGGUUCUGCCAAACUAUGCAGGCGAAUUUCUACUGGAGAUUUGGUGGAACAUUCGCAAAUCGCUAUCGGAUGAGGGAGCGGAGCAUGUGAGUGCUGAUUGGACAGCUUUCGUAGCGACUCUGCUCACUCUCGCGGUACCCUUCAUCGAUGAGAAGAAGGGGAAGACGGUCACUCGUGCAAAGUCAACUCAGCGAAGAAGUUCUGGGCGUCCUGCAAGCCAAGCCAAGCCAGACGAGUUAAUUGAUGACGAGGACUCAGCAUGGCGUCUUAUGUGCAAUCGCCAGACGUCGACACCGCAGGCCAAGAGUUGGGGAUCCUCUCCCUGGGCCUGGGCUUUGCACUCUAGCCCGACAUCAACGGCGAUGAGUCCGCCGGCCAAGCGUGACUCACUGCAGCGCCAGUUGCCAACAGUUGUUCAACAGAUCAGCAUUAAGAACGGCAUGAUACCAACUUGCCUUGAACUUGCUCGUCAAUAUGUCCAGUCACCGAUCGGCAAAGCCACCAAUGACCAUUGGAGACGACUGUCUCCCUCGGAGAAGCAGGAUCUUCGCAUAUCGUCUUUGUCUGAAAUUGUGGUGUCGCUCCAUCUCUUCCGUGAAGAGCGCAAGCUUGACACCCUGUGCCAAGAUUUCUCUGAUAUGCAACAUGGGAAUCUCGCACCCGUGUUAGCACAGAUCGGGCACUGGCUUCGUUGGGAAGCAUGGGAUUGGAGACAGGGUGGAUUCUUCGAUCUUGAUGGGGGUUCAAGUCAGGAUUGGGCAUAUGACGAAACCACAUUGAUCAGCAAAGUUCGGCUGCAUGCACAGCCAUGGGAUGCACCUCCCUCAAUCAUGGAAUGGAUUAGCACUGUCACAGGAUCCCAGCAUUAUGCCCCAUUCCCCACACUGGCGAUGCUCAUACGGAAGUCCAAAGCCUCUCCACACUCGUCCAUCAACAUCGACGAGAUCAUCGCCGGGGUAACGCCCAGGACUGUAGCAUUGCACAGGUUCUUCCGUGACAUAGACCCUGCAUCGAGCCCUAAGAAGGUUGUAGAGCUGAUCAGGACCUGCAAUAUCAGCCCUGAGCUGUUAGCCACGUUGCCGGAAGCCGCUAAAGCACCACUCAUGGAGGCUAUUACGAGAUGUCAGGCGAAUCCACCUACUACAUGGUCGAGCUCACUACUCAGACUGGUCCAGCGCGAAGACUUGGAUCUUAGUCACACGCCAGUUGCAGACUUUGCCCAUGAUAGCCACUUGGCCACAACAGGCGGAGGUCUGCAUGCAGCUGGCACAACACGAGACGUUCACACCAUAUGUCAAGGCGCUGAUCGAAUGGAAGCAAUUCAAUCAACGUCUGAAGUUGAUCGGCACUACAUCACGCGACUCAUAUUCCGCGAAGAUAGGCGGUUCAUGGAGGCAUACACGCUGCUAGAACCUCUGCGGCAGACUGUCGCAGAGUACAAAGCUGACAACCGGCAAGACGAUGCAGCAAUGCUCGAGGGACAGAAAACACUGAUGCAGUGGGUCAUGGUGCGCACGUUCUCUUUGCCGUUGGGCAGUUCCAUGAUCAAGUUCAGCAGCAAGAAACCUCUGCUGACAGAGAAAUACCCGCUAUACGGCUUCUCUACAUCAUGCCUCAUGAAGCCAAUGGGUAACGUUGUCACUGCAGAACGGCAAAAUUAUUCCGAGGAGAAGUACUUUUGGGCAUUCUUUAACGCUGGUGCUGCAGCUGGUCUCAGCAUAUCGCGCGACGCCCAGGGCAUCGACACGUCAUGGAUCAUGUACAACAAACCUUCAGAGUUGACGAACAAGCAUGCUGGACUGUUGCUUGGCCUUGGUCUGAAUGGCCAUCUGAGAACGAUUGCGAAGUGGCUGUCAUUCAAGUACCUUACUCCCAAACAUACCAUGACUUCGGUCGGCUUAUUGUUGGGCUUAGCCGCCUCAUUCAUGGGUACCAUGGAUACGCUGGUUACAAGACUGCUGUCGGUGCAUGUCACAAGAAUGCUUCCACAAGGAGCAGCCGAGCUAAACCUCUCUCCCUACACCCAGACCACGGGCCUGAUGGGCAUUGGUUUACUCUACUACAACACACAGCACCGUCGCAUGAGCGAAGUGAUGCUUUCAGAGAUCGAGUUUGUUGAGAUUCCAGAUCCAUCAGAACCACCAGAUAGUUUGCGGGAUGAAGCUUACAGGCUGGCUGCGGGCUUCGCGCUCGGCUUCAUCAACCUGGGCAAGGGUAAAGAUCUUAGAGGUCUCCACGAUAUGCGUAUAGUUGAGCGUCUCAUGACAGUCGCUGUAGCGCCUAAGCCCGUCAACGUUGUUCACAUCCUCGAUCAAGCCACAGCUGGAGCAGUCAUCGCCGUUGCCCUCAUCUUCAUGAAGACCCACGACCAGACCGUCGCGCGCAAGAUAGACAUCCCGGACACGCUGCCCCAGUUCGACUACGUUCGCCCAGACAUUUUCCUCCUCCGCACCCUCGCAAAACAUCUCAUCAUGUGGGAUACCAUUGAAGCUUCGGACUCCUGGAUCAUCAAGAAUCUGCCGUACGAUUAUCGCGAAGCCUGGGACCUCAAAGGUAUAACACGACUCCGUAGCGAGCAAAUGCCCUUUUACAACAUCAUCGCAGGUCUGCUGUGGGCUGUGAGUCUCAAGCAUGCUGGUACGGGGGACAUUCAGGUCCGCGACUUCCUGAUCAAGUAUUUGGAUCAACUGAUACGUAUCAACAAACUUCCCGCCGUACGCUAUGAUUCUAAGCUUUCCAAGAACACAGUCCGGAACUGUCAAGAUCUCAUUGCUCUAGCCGCCGCAACUGUCAUGGCAGGAACUGGCGAUCUCGACGUCUUCCGUCGCUUGCGCGGUCUCCAUGGCCGCAUUGGUCCAGAUAUUCCCUACGGCUCUCAUCUCGCAGCUCAUAUGGCCUUCGGCACUCUGUUCAUCGCGGGUGGUACCCAGACCUUCAGUCGCAGCAACAAAGCCAUUGCCAGUCUGAUCUGCGCAUUCUACCCCCUGUUUCCCUCCGACGUACAAGACUCGCGGGCCCAUCUCCAGGCGUUCCGUCACUUCUGGGUACUAGCCGCCGAACCCAGAUGUCUUGUUGUGCGGGACGUAGACACAGGACGCGCCAUAUCCAUGCCCAUCAACGUCGUUUUCAAAGACAAUCAAGAAGGGAACGAGGUGCCACAAACAAAGACACUAGUAGCGCCCUGUCUCCUCCCAGAAAUCCAUCUUAUCAGCCGCCUUGAAACAGCAGAUCAGACGUACUGGCCCACGACCCUAGAUUUUGUGCACAACCCACUCCAUCUCAAAUCCUUCGAGCGCAACCAAACACUAAACGUUCGCCGCCGCUCUGCCCACGAUACGUACGCCACGGCGUUUAGUUCUACCCUUGUCGCCCUCAACGACGCGCAAUCAUCCAAGACGGCCAACCUCCUCUUCCACUGGAUCUUCACCCUUCCCGCGCUAUCGCAGUUCAUAUCUGCCAGCGACGCAGGACUCAUAUUGCCACUCGAUCAACACAGUAAGAGCUGGUUGGACCCCGGAGCUACUGUCGUGGAGUCGAGGUUGGUGUUGGGUAGGCUGGCGAAGAGCUGGAAGGUUGAGGAGCUGAGGCAGUUGAAGGGCGUGUUUGAGUGGGCGGAUGCGGCGUGUAGGCAAAAUGGGAAGUUGAGGUGGUUGGGUAGGGAGGUUGUGGAGAGGAUCAAGGCGGGGGUUAUGGAUCGGGGGAGGGGGAUGGGCGGGUAG